AUGGUGGGCAGAUGGUGGGGAAAAUGCAUUAUAGCAUUUCUCAUCACCUUCCCUUCAAUAGCUCGCUCUAAUACUGCUAUUGCGGCUAUUAUUCCCCCGGUGAAAGCCGGAUACUGGUAUUGCCACAGUGACUUCCCAAUCCCGGUGCCUAGCAUACCUUCCCAGCUUUUCACCCAUCUUUUUGCUGCCUUUGCGGAUGUCAAACCCAACACCUAUGAAGUCACCUUUCCUGACGAAUAUAGGGAGCGGUUCUCAACCUUCACCCAAUCCGUGCAAAAUACAAACAAGAAGGUCAAAACCCUUUUAUCCAUCGGUGGAUUCUCUGGUGCUACCUUUGCUUUAAUGGCUAGCCAACUUAGUACCCGCAAAUCAUUCAUAGAUUCCUCAAUAAAGCUAGCAAGGUCUAACGACUUCCAUGGCCUUAGCCUCCACUGGCUGUACCCCUCAACAGCGGCCGACAUGACCAACCUUGGCUCUCUCCUCGAUGAAUGGCGUGCAGCCGUUGACAAAGAGUCCGAGCUGACCGGAAAUGACCGGUUGCUUCUAGUCGCAGCGGUCAAUUACACGUCGUCGACGUCGCCCACAGUCACAUAUCCCGUUAAUCAGAUUGCAAGGAAGUUGGACUGGAUCAACGUAGUGGCGUAUGACUUCUAUAACCCCGCUCUGUCAGGGAAUAGAACUGGACCUUUUGCUGCAUUGCGCAGUCCACAAAUCAAUGCAGAAACCCCACCUUGUGGGCAUAACAUCGUCAGUGCUUGGCUUGCAACAACUAUGCCUGCCAAUAAAAUUGUCCUUGGCCUUCCAUUUUAUGGCGCCGUAUGGCGCCUAGUAAAUGAAAAUAACCGAGAAAUAUUUGUGGCGGCUGCUGGACGGGCUCAAAGUGAUAAAGUAUAUAUUAAUGACUUAGAUGGGACCUUACCUUAUAACCAAAUCAAGUAUUUCAUAGAGAAACACCCAGGUGGCAGACAUGAUCACAGUGACGAAUAUGUUGUAGACUAUUUCAGUGCUGGGAAUACUUGGAUUGGUUAUAAUGAUAUUCAAAGUAUCAGAGCUAAGGUUGAAUAUGCUAGGGGAAAGGGAUUGCUUGGUUACUAUGCAUGGCAUGUGGGCGGCGAUAGAGAUGGGACUCUUUCAGGAGCAGCUUUUGGCGCAUGGCCAAUUCUCGGACCUGAGCAGGCCGACAUCGGCAACGGCACUGACAUCAGCAUCGCUGACUCCACCGACACCGGCAAUGGCACCACCACCGGCACCGGCACCUCCACCUCCACCGCCACCGGCGUCGGCACCGUCACCGGCACUGUCACUAGUACCAUCACCAGCACCAACACCAACACCAACACUUUCAUCUGCAACAACACUUGUCUGGCACCCACAUCGGCACUGGCUAGCUCGGUGUGA